UGGGGGGCGCUAACACAAAGCACUAGGUGGAGAUAGGAGGAGGCCAGUCACUAGCCUCCUAGCUAAACACACAUAGCUAGGGCUAGCCAGCAUGCUAAACUACAUACACUUCGUCUAAAUGUCGCCCUUCUUGUCAAGCGAUGGCCAAGGAAAAGUGUUCGCAGAUCGAAGCCGAACUUUAUUACCUCAUCGCCCGGUUUCUGCAGUCUGGACCCUGUAAGAAGGCAGCACAGGUCCUGGUGGAGGAGCUCGAGGAGUACGAGUUGGUUCCUCGGCGGUGGAGUUGGGAUGGGGAGGAGAAGCGGCGGAGCUUCACAGAAUGGGUGGUGGUGAACCAGCACCUCCCGGCCGACUACCUGCUGAGGGUAUGUCGGAGGAUCGGCCCCCUGAUCGAGAAGGAGGUGCCCCCCAGCGUCCCGGGGGUCAGCACCCUGUUGGGCCUAGGGAGGCAGUCUCUGCUGCGCACCACCAAGACUUGCAGCCACCAGGUAUGCAGGGGGUCGAUAGCAGCAGCUCUCCACAGGGGACGCCCCCCAGAACCCCCCGCCAUCACAGACCACUCGCCCAGCGUCGUGUCCAUCAUGGGGGCGCGCCAGGCCACGGGGGCGGCCCGCUUCGACCAGGCCGUGCCCACCCUCACCUACCAGCACAUGAAGACCCACAAGCGCAUCCUGGGCCACCUGUCCUCGGUCUACUGCGUCGCCUUCGACCGCACCGGGCGCCGCAUAUUCACGGGGUCAGACGACUGCCUGGUGAAGAUCUGGGCCACGGACGACGGCCGGCUGCUGUCCACGCUGCGCGGGCACGCCGCCGAGAUCUCGGACAUGGCCGUGAACCACGAGAACACGCUGAUGGCGUCGGCCAGCUGCGACAAGGUGAUCCGGGUGUGGUGCCUGCGGACCUGCGCCCCCGUCACCGUGCUGCAGGGCCACGGCGCCUCCAUCACCUCCAUACAGUUCUGUCCAGGUGUCCGGGGCACCAGGAGGUACCUGGCGUCCACCGGAGCAGACGGAAUGGUGUGCUUCUGGCAGUGGCACUCCUGUAGCAUGAAGUUCAGCGACCAGCCCAUCAAGUUUGUGGAGCGGUCGCGUCCCGGCGUCCAGGUCUCCACCUCCUCCUUUAGUAGUGGGGGGAUGUUCCUGGCCACCGGCAGCACUGAUCAUGUGAUCAGGGUAUACUACCUCGGCUCUGAUGCCCCAAUGAAGCUCUCUGAGAUGGACGCACACGGGGAUAAAGUGGUUGUCGUCCAGUUCUGCAAUAACAGCGACAGUCUGAGGUUUGUCAGCGGCAGUCGCGACGGCACGGCGAGGAUCUGGCAGUACCAGCAGCAGGAGUGGAAGAGCAUCAGUCUGGACAUCGCCGCCCGCCUGCCAGGGAGUCCUGUUGUCAACGGCGACGACAAGACCAAGCUGGUGGUCACCAUGGUAGCGUGGGACCGUGGCGACCGCACCGUCGUCACGGCGGUCUCCAACUUCCUGCUCAAAGUGUGGAACUCCCGAACCGGACAGCUGCUGCACGUGCUGUCUGGUCACGAUGACGAGGUGUUUGUGCUGGAGGCCCACCCCUUCGACCCCCGCGUCAUGUUGUCCGCCGGCCACGACGGGAACAUCUACAUCUGGGACCUGAGUCGAGGAGGCCGGAUCAGGAACUUCUUCAACAUGAUCGAAGGCCAGGGUCACGGCGCCAUCUUCGACUGCAAGUUCUCGGCCGACGGGCAGCACUUUGCCUGCACCGACUCCCACGGCCACCUGCUGCUGUUCGGCUUCGGCUGCAGCCAGCCCUACGAGAAGAUUCCGGACCAGAUGUUCUUCCACACGGACUACCGGCCGCUGAUCCGCGACGCCAACAACUACGUCCUGGACGAGCAGACGCAGCAGGCGCCCCACCUGAUGCCCCCGCCCUUCCUGGUGGACAUAGACGGGAACCCCCACCCGCCGCGAUACCAGCGGCUAGUGCCGGGCCGCGAGAGCUGCAACGAGGAGCAGCUGGUGCCGCAGCUCGGCUACAUCGCUAACAGUGACGGAGAGGUGGUGGAGCAGGUCCUGGGUCAGCAGACGGGGGCCAACGGGGAGAGUCCUCUGGACAACCUGAUCAGACAGCUGCAGAGCCAGCAGAACGCUCUGGGCCAGGAGCCCAGCCCAGACCGGCCGUCCCCGGACCCAGCAGACGGAGAAGCAGCUGGGGAGGACCCUGCCAUGGAACAGGGCCAGGCUGAGGGCCAGGCUGAGGGCCAGGCUGAGGGCCAGGCUGAGGGCCAGGCUGAGGGCCAGGCUGAGGGCCAGGCUGAGGGCCAGGCAGAGGGGGAAGAGGGUCCGGGAGAGGGCCAGGCGGAGGGGGUGUGGCAGGUACAGAACAACGCCCUCCCCAGCCAGCAGGCCACGGAGAGAGACCUGUUGGCCUGGAGCCACCGCACGGUGGUCAACGAGCUGCCCCACGCCACCUUCAGGGUGAUGGAGGAGUGCAGGCGGGCCAAAGGGGAGGUGGAGUGCUCUCUGUACAACGCUGAGCGCCGCAAGAAACCAGCCAGCGGCGGGGUCAAGGUUGACCCCCUGACCCCCAGGGUCCGCUCCCUGCGCCCCGCCAGCAGUAAGAAGAAGCAGAGCCACGCCUACCAGACCCGCUCGGCUCAAGUCCGUCGCCGCGGCAACCGCACCCGCGCCUCCAGCGCUCGGCAGGGGGCCGACAGCCAGGCGGAGUCGGACAGCGACGGAGACGCCACGGAGCCGCAGGAGGUCAGCGAUGGGUCGUCGGAGGGCGACGCCCAGUGGCAGAGUGACAGCAGCUCCAGCGACUCCUCCAGCGAGUAUUCUGAUUGGACAGCGGACGCAGGGAUCAACCUGCAGCCGCCCAAGCGACCAACCAGGAGGCUGACUAGACCUCAGGGCUACAGCAGCUCAGAGGAGGAAGAGGAGGAGGAGCAGCAGCAGGAGGAAGAGGACGGGGAGGAGGGGGAGAGACCCCCGAAGAGAGACCGGACGAAGAAGGAAAAGAAGAAGGAGAAGAAGAAGAAGAAGUCGAAAGAGACCAAACAGAAGCCCAUGUCCUCCCUGACGGGCGUGGACCCGGACGAGUGGAGACCGCCCGCCUGGAUCACCGAGACCGUCCCCCGGCGAUCGCCCUUCGUACCGCAGAUGGGAGACGAGCUGAUGUACUUCCGACAGGGCCACCAGGCGUACGUGAGGGCGGUCCGCCGAGCCAAGGCCUACAGCAUCAACCCCCAGAAGCAGCCCUGGAACAAGCUGAACCUCAGGGACCAGGAGUCAGUGAAGGUGGUGGGCAUCAAGUACGAGGUCGGCUCCCCCACCCUGUGCUGCCUGAAGCUAGCCUUCCUGGACCUCCGCUCCGGCAAGAUGACGGGCGACUCCUUCUCCCUCAAGUACCACGACAUGCCCGAUGUCAUCGACUUCCUGGUCCUGCUGCAGUUCUACAACGAGGCUAAAGACCACAACUGGCAGCCAGGCAUGAGGUUCCGCAGCAUCAUCGACGACGCCUGGUGGUUCGGCUCGGUGGAGGACCAGGAGCCACUGCAGCUGGAGUACCCCGACAGCCUGUUCCAGAGCUACGCAGUCAGGUGGGACAACGAGGAGCAGGAGAAGAUGAGUCCCUGGGACAUGGAGCCCAUUCCUGAAGAAGCGGCACUGCCGGAGGAGGAGGGUGGAGGCGUGGAGGUGCUGGAGGAGGAGCUGGUGGCCCUGCUCUAUGAGCCCCAGGAGGGCGAGUGGGGGGCCCACACCCGGGACGAGGACUGUGAGCGGGUCCUCCAAGGGAUCACGGACCUCCUCACGCUAGACGUGGCGAAGGCCUUUGCGUUGCCCGUGGACCUGCGGGACUAUCCGCUCUACUGCACCGCGGUGGCCUACCCCACCGACCUCAGCACCAUCCGCCUGCGUCUGGACAACCGCUUCUACAGGCGUAUCUCUGCUCUGAUGUGGGAGGUGCGCUACAUCGAGCACAACGCCCGCACCUUCAACGAGCCGCAGAGCCCCAUCGUGGCCGCCGCCAAGGUGGUGACCGACAUCCUGCUGCACUACAUCGGGGAUCAGAGCUGCACGGACAUCUUGGAUCUGUUCCACAGGCUGAGGUCAGAGGUCAGCAGUGGAGGAGAGCUGGAGGUGGCUGACGUGGACGUGGACUCGGACACCCCGGGGACGUCUUCUGGGAACCGGGCCUCCUCCAGCUCUAAGAAGCGGGGGGUGGAGCUGGACGUGAACGCGUGGAAGGGCCAGGUCAGAGACCUGAUCAGACACAUGAUCACCAGCCGGGACUCGGAGCCCUUCAGGCAGCCCGUCGACCUGUUUGUCUACCCGGACUACCGGGACAUCAUUGACACCCCCAUGGACCUGAGCACGGUGUCGGAGACGCUGGUGGGUGGGAACUACGAGAACCCCAUGGAGGUCAGCAAGGACGUGCGGCUCAUCUUCACCAACUCCAAGGCCUACACCCCCAACAAGAAGUCCCAGAUCUACACCAUGACUCUGAGCCUGUCGGCCUACUUCGAGAGCCGCAUCAUCUCCAUCAUCUCGGACCACAAGUCGGCCGUCCAGAACCAGCGGCGCAGCAGCCAGCGGCUGAGCUACAGGAAGAGGCUCCACAGCCCCGGAGGAAGCUCGUCUCCUGGGAGCCCGCCCCCCAGCCCCAAAGGGAAGCACAAGUCAGGGAAGACCAAGAAGUCGAAGUCGAAGUCGAAGCCAAACAAGUCGAGGGCCCGGAGCGAGAGUUCCUCCAAGAAGAGCCGGUCCUCGUCCCGACGGCCGCGCCGGGCUCCCCCCAGCGAUGUGGAGGUGGAUGAAGACAGCCAGCCCUCCUCUUCCUCUUCCUCCACCUCAGCCAGCCAAGCUCCGCCCCCCACCACCUCCUCACGCAGCCGGGCCACGCCCCCCGCCAAGAGAACAGUUCCCCAGCGGCCCGUCGCCCUUAGCAACGGCUCCAGACAGAGCCUGAGACGCCCGGCGUUGGCGGCGGCGGCGGCGGCGACGGCGGCGGCCAGCGAGGAGGCGACCGCCGGCUCCUCUCGUUCCUCCUCCGGCUCCUCCUCCUCCUCCUCUUCCUCGUCGUCGUCGUCCUCCUCGUCCUCCUCCUCGUCUUCGUCGGACAGCGGCUCCGACUCCGAGACGGAGAAGUUCGUGGAGGGCUGUGACCACGACUACAGCAAGGCUCCUCCCCUCCCCAAGUCCGCCCCGCCCCCUCCCCCGCCGUCGCGACCUCACGCCAAGGGCGGCACCGCCGUCCGGGCGGCUGCCGUCGCCAGGGGCAACAAGGCGGUUGCCACGGUGACCGCCGCCACCAAACGGAGACGAGAGGCGGUGCCCGACACGCCCACACAGAGACCCAAGAGGGCGAGGGUAAAGUCUGCCGGAGAGGAAGAGGAAGAGGAUGAGGAGGAGGAGGAGGAGGAGGAGGAGGAAGAGGAGAACCACGAAGAGGGGGAGGAUGAUGAUGAAGAGGGAGAUGAGGAGGAAGAAGAUGAGGACGCAGAGGAGGUGGUGGUGCUGCAGCCCCAGCAGGAGGAAGAAGAGGUGGAGGAGGAGGAGGAGGAGGAGGACGAAGAGGAGGAAGAAGAAGAAGAAGAGGAAGAGGCGGAGGAGGUGAAAGCCCCUGCUGUAGGAAAUGAAGAGGACCCUGGCGACGACGAUGAGGAGGAGGAGCCUGACGAAGAGGAGGAGCCGGACGAGGAGGAAGAGGAGGAGGCGUCUGAGUCGGAGCGGGGGGCCGCAGGAGGAGCCGCGGGGGGCGCGAGCAGGCCCCGGCGCUCCAAGUCGGCCCGCGUCAACACCCGUAACCAGGGCCGCCGGACGGUCCAGUACGUGGACGAGUCGGACGACGAGGGUCAGAGGUCGAAGGACGACCCCCUGAACCUUGGGAAGUCGCGUUCGGGCCGCGUACGCAAGAUGACUGAGAAGGCCCGGGUCAGCCACCUCAUGGGCUGGAACCACUGACCCCUGACCUCUGACCCCCCGACCUUAACCUCUGCCCCCUGACCUCUGAACCCUGACCCCCAGACUCUGGGUUCCACUGCAGGGAUAACCGUUUGUUGUGUUUUUAUCUAUAUAUAUAUAUAUAUAUAUAUAUAUAUAUAUACGGGCUGAGUCACGACUCAGCGAACGGCUCCAGAUGAGGUCUGUUGCCAAGGAGCCGUCGUCGAGGGUGAUGGGAGGGUGGGGGACAACAAAAAGCAAAGCCACCUGCCCUCCUCUCUUCCUCCUCUUCAUCGUACCCUCCUCAUUCCCCCCCUCCUUUACCUGCUCUUUGCUACCUCCUCCUUUGCCCUACUUUUCCUCCUCCCCCUCCAGACUGUAGAUCCUAUGUCCUCCUCCUCCUCCUCCUCCUCCUCCUCCUCUUCCUCGCUCCGCUCCCCGGACACCAAAGAAAGGCGGGAGGUGCCAAAACAAAACGGUGCUCAUUCAAUUUUUUAAUUUUUUAAUUUUUUGGAAGCGUGUGUUUUGUUGUUGUUGUGCUCCUCCGGUGUGCCGCUGAGCCAUAAACCUCAUCACCUCGUGGGGGUCAUCGCGGGGUCUCUAGUGGGCCUCGAGGUCAACUUUACAUCGUCACGACUACGGUCUCUCUAGCCUCGAGGUAAACAUUACAUCGUCACAGCAGCGGUCUCUCCCUCAGCCAGCUCUGCCUCUGGCUGUGUCUAGGUCCUGGAGGUGGUCUUCAUGGGACCGGGAGGGGUCUAGGCGCUGGUGGUGGUCUUCAUGGGACCGGGAGGGGUCUAGGUCCUGGAGGUGGUCUUCAUGGGACCGGGAGGGGUCUAGGCGCUGGUGGUGGUCUUCAUGGGACCGGGAGGGGUCUAGGUCCUGGAGGUGGUCUUCAUGGGACCGGGAGAGGUAUAGGUCCUGGAGGUGGUCUUCAUGGGACCGGGGUCUGGCCGUCUCUUCCUCCUGAGCCAGUGAACGUUAGACCGGUCCGUUCCACCGUGUGGAGCCCCAUGUUGCCCGGGUGUCACUCCCUCUCUCGUCCCCUUCCUCCUUUAGUUUCCUUCGUCUGGUUGGUACAUGGGAGACCUCGUGUGCUUGUUUGAUCUGGUCUGUAUCCUACUCUCUCAACAUCACCGGUUGAAAGUUUCUUCCGAGACCCCGUCUCUCUCUCUCUCCGCCCUCCCUGGUGCCCAACCGUGGACCCCUCUCCUCCUCUCCUCUC